GGACAGCCGGCGGAUACGACGGCGAAGGCGAGUUUCCAAUUAUUCAAUCAGUCGCACCAGAUACAGUUAGCAUUCCUCACUUCCCUUGAUCAUAUUGUUGCCAGGCAGCUUUUCUAUGAUGGCUUCAUCAUCUUCUCAUCAAUGGGCUUAUGAUGUAUUUUUUAGUUUUAGAGGUGAAGACAUAGGCAAAAUUUUCAUCGACCAUCUCUUUAGCGAUUUAAAAAGAAAAGGAAUUCGUGCUUAUGGGGACAAUGAUCAGGUAAAUAGAGGAGAAGAGACAUCUUUUGAGAUCCACAAAGCCAUUGAACAAUCGAGGUUUUUGAUAGUCAUCUUCUCACACAACUAUGCUUCUUCAACAUUGUGUAUGAAAGAACUUGUGAAAAUCCUCGAGUGCAAGGCAAGGGAGAAGGACAAAUAUGAAGUCCGGCCUAUCUUUUACGAUGUGACGCCAGCAGUGGUGCGCAAUCAAACUGGGAGCUAUAAAGAAGCGAUCAUGAAGCAUGAAGCUUUAAAUAGGACGGAGGUUUUCAAAUGGAAGCAAGCUCUAACCUUGGCUGCGAACUUAUCAGGAUGGGAUCUCCAAAAUAUGACCAACGGGCAUGAGCCAAGGUUCAUCGAUAUAAUCUCAAAGGAGAUAUUUUAUAAACUGAGUGAUGGGCCCUUACAUGCUGGUGACAACCUAGUUGGAUUAUAUGCACGUGCAGAGCAAAUGGACUUGUUGCGAUUUGUGGGAUCAAAUAAAGUUCACAUGAUAGGGAUAUGUGGCAUCGGUGGAAUAGGAAAAACAACCGUUGCCAAAGCUAUUUAUAACCUUAUGUAUAAACAUUUUGAAGGACGCAGCUUCUGUGAAGAUGUUAAAGAUGUUGAGAAUCGGUAUGGGCUUGUUCAUCUUCAGACGAAACUUCUUGAUGAUAUUAUGAAAGACGGGAGUCUAAAAGUACGGAGUGUUGGCGAAGGGAUAUGCACAAUGAAGAAAAGGAUGCCGGGUAAAAAGAUCCUCGUUGUACUCGAUGACGUGGAUCAUUACAACCAAUUUGAAGCUCUAGCAGGCAAUCCUGAUUGGUUUAGUCCUGGAAGUAUGAUUGUGGUAACCAGCAGAGAUAGACAGUUGCUCAGUGCUUAUAAAGUAGAACCGAUUUAUACGAUCGACCUUUUGAAUGAACAUGAAGCUCUUGAGUUGUUUAGUAUAUAUGCCUUUAGAGAUAAACAUCCGCAGGACGAAUUUUUUGAACAUGUUAGCAGGAUACUUCACUAUGUUAAUGGACUCCCCCUUGCUCUAAAAGUUUUUGGUCGUAUUCUGUUCAACAAGACUCUAAACGAAUGGGGAAGUGAGAUAGAUAAACUUCAAAGUAAUCCUCAUGUUCUUAUCCAGAAAGCGCUCCAAGUAAGUUAUGAUGGGCUAGAUGCUGAUCAAAAGAACAUUUUUCUUGAUAUUGCAUGUUUCUUCAAAGGAGAAAAGAAAGAUUAUGUGCAGCAUAUACUGGAUGGCUGUGAAUUAUUUUAUGCAACUAAUCUCAGAGUUCUAGCUGAUAAGUCUCUAAUAACUAUAUGUGAAGAUAGGAUACAGAUGCAUAAUCUGGUCCAAGAAAUGGGUUGGCAAAUAGUACGUGAAGAAUCUGAAGAACUCGGGAAACGGAGUAGAUUGUGGUGUCCAACAGAUGUGUGCUAUGUAAUGAAAAACGAUAAGAAUGCCUUCUCUUCUUUCCAGGGAACUGAAUUGGUUAAAGGCCUGUCACUAGACCUUUCAUGUUMAGAAGUCAAUAUCUGUUGUCAAAGCUUCACAAAGUUGAAAAAUCUUCGGCUACUACACAUAUAUAUUGGGGCCUUGAGUAACUUUAGAGACACUAAUGGCAUAAAAUGCAGAACUGAAUUGGGGAAAGAGACUAAGGUGAGCACUACUGGAAAGCUUGAAUUUUUGUCCAAUGAACUACAGUUGCUUUGUUGGCAUGGGUACCCUUUUCAGUAUUUACCAUCAAUGUUCUUCCCUGAGAGCCUCCUUGUCCUUGAUAUGUCAUAUAGUUGCAUCAAACAAAUCUGGAGCGGAUCAAAGGGUUUCAAAAAGUUGACACUAUUGAAGCUCAGUCAUUGUCGCAACUUAAGAAAGACACCAGACUUCACAGAAACUCCAAAUCUCAAAGAGCUAAUACUUGAUGGUUGUGAAAAUUUGGUUGAAGUCCACCCAUCAGUCGGAACUCUGAAGCUGCUCAUUCUCUUAAAUUUGAAAAACUGCAAAAACCUUAAGAUUUUCCCCAAUAUAACUGAAAUGGAAUCACUUAAACAUCUCAUCCUCUCUGAUUGCUCAAAAAUGCAAAAAUUGCCAGAGGACCUGCAUAAGAUUAAAGCUCUAGUGGAACUUCGUCUUGAUGGAACUGCCAUAAAGAUAGUCCCUGCAUUGCUAUUUUCUUUUAGCAACCUUGAAGUGCUUUCAUUAGGACGAUGUGAAGCUAUCCAAACUAAAUCAUGGCAUUCAUUCUUUUCUCUUUCAUCAUUGUUAAGAAAAUUCCAUCAUCCCCCGGCUGUGGUGUUGCCUUCUUUGUCAACUUUAGGUUCACUAAGAGUUUUGGAUGUUAGCCAUUGCAAUCUAUCAGGUGCUAGCCUACAUAACCUUGAAACUUUGUGUUCGCUUGAAGAGUUAGAUCUGAAUGGAAAUGAUUUCACAAGCAUAGAUGCAAACUUCAGUUCCCUCUCUCGACUUUCAUGUCUACGACUGAUUGGUUGUAAGAAGCUUCAGGUUCUACCAAAACUUCCUUCUUCCAUCCGUAACCUUGAUGCACAGCAUUGCACUUCACUCCAGGAACUACCAAAGCUAUCAACCAUGUACAAUGCUAGCAGUUCUGUCUUCGAUUUUAAGAAUUGUCCAAAAGUGGUCGAGAAACAGACCAUCGAGAGCCUUGUUAUGGUGUUGUUGCCACAGGGAUGGAUUGAUAUAUUCGAAGAGGUUCAUAUAUUUCUUCCAGGAAGUAGAAUUCCACGGUGGUUUAGCAAUCAAAGUAUGGGAGAUUGCAUAAUGGUGGACUUACCGCCUCAUUGGUGCUACAAAAAGUUAAAGGGAUUGGUUACUUGUGCUGUUAUUACUCCCGAAAACACUGGUAGCCGAAGUACAUAUUUUGAGAUCUUCUGUACCAUCAAAGACUCCUGUGGUGCUGUCAUCAGUGACGUUUCCCUUUUGGCAACCGAUGAUCCAAAUAUUGAGUCAGAUCAGAUAUGGUUGUCUUACAGGAAAUCUGACCCCAAAUGGAAGAAAAUAAAAAAUCACAUUAUCGUUUCAUUAAAAUGCAUUGGCAUCAACUGUAAGGUGAAACAAUGCGGUGUGAUACUGGUAUGGGAGGAAGAUGAACAAGAAACAGCAAGUGGUUCAAAAACGAUGCUAUGGUUCCCUACAUUUACAUCUGAGAAUGGUGCUGCCGGCCAUUCAAAUCUUGAUGUUAGAUCAGCAGCCACUGAAGAUGAGCCUCCAUGGAAGAAAUUUCGCAUUUCAUAGUUGUCUGUACUCAAUGUGAAACCGUUUGGUAUACUGGUAUGCGAGGAAGAUAAACAGGAAGCAGCAAGUGGUUCAAAAAUGAUGCUGCAGUUCCCUACUUCUACAGCUAAGAAUGGUGCUGCCGGACAUUCAAAUAUUGAUGUUAGAUCAGCAGCCAUUGAAGACGUGCCUUGUUAAGAACUGGACAGAAUCAAUCAAACUCUAAAAGAGAAGCUGAAAUCAUCAAAGGUGCUGAUGGAAUUCAGUUGUGAAAACAAAUGGUUACCGGCUAUUCAAGAGGCCAGAACUCUCCCAAGAACAUACUUAACCAUUCUAGAAUAAUAAACGCCUGGACGGGCUAGGGCCUAGGUGGGUGCAUGACAAACCUCGAUGGAAGAAAUUUAGCAUUUCAUAGUUGGCCCUACUCAACAUGUGAAUCUUCCCGCUCAAAUGGUAUGAGGUAACUUUUCAACUAUGAUAUUUUUCUGUGUUCUUUUUCCAUUAUGUGGGUCCCAUCUUUAUUUCCUUUUC